UUUGGUCUGUCAGGCACACCUCUAGGCAGUUUCUUGCAUUAUUCAAUGUCGAUGGGAUGCAGCAGCGUGAGCAUGGAAGAUGAUUCUCUUCCUGCUUGUGUCAUAGUUUAAGAAGAGGUGCAAAUGACCUCGGAAGACACAAGAUAAGCGAGAUUCGACUGGAUCUCUUAGUGUGUGAGAACGCAUACAUUUGCAAGAGAUUAUAUAUCUAUAUUCUGUCCACAUCUGCCCUUUUUCCCGUGCUGAUUCCACCUCACUUACCAGAGUUCUCCGCCGAAUGAGAGAAAACUCUCGAAAAAUGCUAACAAUAAUUAAAACAAUCCUGCCAAGCUUUCCACGCACUGCAAGCACAAUGCGAACCACAUUCCUCUCAAGAACUGCGGGACUAUUGAACCACCAACUCGAGUCCGCUUGUGCCGGUUCCUCCUCCUUCUCCUUCUCCUCCGCCUCUUCUUCCUCACAACAACCUCAAAAGAAGGCGUGUAUCAGCGGCCUUGAACCAGCACUUACCUCCCGCUUCAUCGCCCGCUGUUACCAUGCAAGGAGACAGCCCUUCAGUGGUCCAGAGGUCCCCGUUGUGAGCAGACUGACCACGUCGCGUCCCGGCUCCUUUCGCCCGAUCGCGACUUCGAGUACCAAUAUGAACUUCCUGGCCAAAGAAAAGGAUAAGUUUCAGGCUCCUGAGGAUCUGGGGCUGAAGUAUAGCAAAGAUGAGAUCCUCAGAUUCAUGAUCGACUGCAUGAUGUCCGUUGGUACCCCAAAGCCCAAUGCAACUUCCCUCGCCAACGUGCUCCUGGCAGCCGAUGAACGAGGGCACUACAGCCACGGCAUGAACAGACUGGAAAUGUACGUCAAUGAUGUUCAGCAGAAGAUCUGUGAAGGAGGAGCCACUCCAACCAUUGAGAAAGAGAGUGUGUCAACAGCUCUAGUCAACGGAAAUAAUGGCCUCGGUCCGGUGGUCGGGGAUUUCUGCAUGGAACUGGCUAUCAAGAAGGCUAAGGAGACUGGCAUUGGUUGGGUAUGUGCUCGAGGUAGCAACCAUUACGGUAUUGCUGGAUGGUACUCCAUGAGCGCUACAAAACAUGGCCUUCUGGGUAUGAGUUUCACAAAUACAUCACCAUUGGUUGCUCCAACACGUGCAAAGACAGGAGCUUUGGGAACCAAUCCCAUAUCCCUUUCUGCUCCAGCAAAAGGAGGAGAUAGCUUUGUGUUGGACAUGGCAACCUGUGUAGUGGCUGUGGGCAAGAUCGAAGUUGAGCGACGUAAGGAGAACCCCAUACCAGAGGGCUGGGCACUGGACAAGGAAGGCCAACCCACAACCGAUGCAAAGGAGGCAAUGUAUGGCGCUCUCAUGCCCCUUGGUGGUCCUGAGAUGCACUCUGGCUACAAGGGCUACGGUUUGGGCAUGCUGGUGGAGAUCUUCUGCGGCAUUAUGUCAGGUGGACACUAUGGCCCCAAUGUCCGCCGAUGGAUGCAGACAGACAGGCCAGCAGACUUGGGACAGUGCUUUGUGGCCAUCGAUCCCUCAUUCUUUGCCCCUGGGUUUGAGGACCGAAUGAGUGACCUCAUGGGCCACUGCCGCAACAUGGAACCGGCUGAUCCCAGCAAGCCAGUCCUCGUGGCAGGAGACCCAGAACGAGCACAUGUGGAGAAAGUGAAGAAAGAAGGAGGAAUCACUUAUCAUACGAACCAGAUCAAGGAUUCUUGGAAGCUGGGAAAAGCUUUAGGAGUGACACCAAUGAAGUCUUUGUAAUAAGUAAAUGAAUAAAUUGAUAAUCAAAAACAUAUUAGAAUGCAUUUAUGGAGCAAGGUUCUCUUCCUUUGAUAUACUUUCACAGUAGUUCUUAUUCUUUUAUUAUUUUUUAAUUCUUUCUUUUUUUAUGGUGCAAGAGUAAAAAUAUUGCUUCCUUUUGAGUUUCUGUUUUCAUUUGGUUUAGGUGCUGAUAUCUUAGGCUGCUCUAUGUAUAAUAUGGUGUGAAUAUUUUUUAUGCUGAUUUUGUAAAUGGAAAUUAGUUCAUUGCUGUUAUGUUCUAAAAGUACUGAAUAUUACAGAUUAAGCAUUUCUGAAGAUCAGAUAGUCACCUUGGUCCAACAUGGUACAAAUGACAUAAGUCAGUUUAGUCUGUAUAUAAUCUUAUCAGUGAUGGUUCAUGUCUUGGUAGAAUAGACUGACUUGAUAAUAACCUGGUACAUUUAGUUUCAUUGCAAAGGUUGUAUAUGUUUUUGUCUGUAUUUGUCAGGAAGAUUAUUUAUAUAUGGAAAUAUUUUUUCAGUGUGCCUUUGUUUUAUAUUGCUUCCUCUUGUUUCGAGAAAUGAUUUUGAGGGAGAAUAAAGGUGAUAAAGAGAGACAGCAUUCAGACUGACCAGUUUAAUUAAGGAGUGGCUUCCAAGAGAGGGAACUUUUAUUAAAAGAAUUGCUUUGUUUAUUUUAUUUAUUUAUUAUUAUUUUUUUUUUUUUUUUUUUUUUUUUUUUUUUUUUUUUUUUUUUUUUUUUUUUUACUUAUGAACUAAGCUAUUGUUUGUCAAGCCCAGUUUUGUUGUGAUUUGUCAUAUUUUUGAGUACAGAUAUAGAUUGUUUAAAACUUUGUGCAAAUACCUGUAUAAUUUUUAUUGUUAUGAAGAAGUAUAUAUAAAGUGCAGAGCUACCAAAAGAUUGUUACAUAGUUAACAAACAAAAAUAGAACAAAAAAAAACAUGUAUAUCAUUAGCAGAUAAUGUCUAUAUGAAAUUUUGCUCUGUAAUUAGGAUCAAAGGAAAUAUUUAAGAACUUUGCAACAUGGUGGACGGGAACACAGAUAUUUUAGGUUUAGGUCAUUGUAUAGUGAAAGGAAGAAUAGAAAAAUGUAGAUUGUUCUAUCUACAUUUCUUUCAGUAUGAAUCCAUUACAUUAGACCCUCAUACAUCAGAUUAUAUAUUUUCUCAAAUUGAGAAUUGUUCAUGAUCUGAUAGCCUUGAAAUACCUUUCAGAACGUAGGACCUGAGUGAGGCUUUAUCAACAUGCUACCUAAUAGUGUAUCAUAUUUAGCAGUUAUUUACUUUUAUUAGAUAUGUUUUUCUUACACUGUUAUACAUGAAAAUUAGGAGAUACAAGAUUUCUAGAAUAAGAAGAAAAAAGUCUUAUAUUUCAGUGUAUGUUAAAAUCCAGAAUCCCCCUACUUUCCAUUGCAAGAGGUGUUUGCAAUUGAAGUACACCUUACCGAUGAUAUGAGAUAUGCACUAUAUGCCAAAAAUGUGUUAUAUUUUAUAUAAUGCUUGCAUGUCCAUAAAUAUCAAUCUUUUAAAAAGUAUUUUUUUUUU